GAUAUGUUUGGAUGCUUUGGAGGAAUUGUAUUUAUCUUCAUUGCUAUCAGAUUAAUCUAUUCUGCUCUCAAGAACAAUGGUCUCUUGCUAAAGAAAAGUGUCAUGGGAGAGCACGUUUUCAUGACAGGAGGAGGAGCUGGAAUCGGAAAACUUAUGUGUCAAAUCCUUGCUAAGCAAGGAGCUAAGAUCACGGUCACUGAUAUCAAUAAAGAAUGGGCUGAGCAAACAGCCAAAGAAAUCAAAGAAGCUGGAGGAGACGCUAUUGCUAUCAAAUGCGAUGUAACUAGUGUUGAAGAUAUUUCAAAUGCAUCUAAAAUUUGCAGAGAGACAUUUGGUGAUGUCACCAUCUUGAUCAACAACGCAGGCAUUGUCACAGGAAAGAAGAUCUUAGAAACUUCUCAUCAAUUAGCAGAGAAAACUCUUCAAGUAAAUACCUUGGCCCAUAUCUAUACUGUCAAAGAAUUUUUGCCAAAUAUGAUUAAAAAGGACCAUGGGCACAUUGUUUCAAUUGCUUCCUCUGCUGGAUUAGUAGGAUGCCCAGGAUUAGUUGAUUAUUGUGCUUCCAAGUAUGGAGCAGUAGGAUUCGAUGAAUCUCUUAGACUUGAAAUUAAAAAGAUUGGAGCUAACAUCAACACUACUUGCAUCUGCCCAACUUUCAUCAAGACAGAUAUGUUCAAAGGAGCCAAAGCAAAUGAAACUCUUGUUCCUCUACUAGAGCCUGAUUGGGUUGCUGAAAGAAUUGUACUCGCUAUUAGACAAAACGAACCCUUGCUAAUGACUCCAUUCAUUUCGAACACGAUUUAUUUCACCAGAGCUCUUCUGCCCACCUUCUUCUUGGACUUGUACAUGAAAGCCUUGGGUGCUAAUGAGUCAAUGGAUCACUUCAGUGGAAGAAAUAAAGACUAA